UUCUCUUUAUGCCACUUGUAGUUAUUUUCUCUCUUUAUAUAAUAAUAGCAAAUUAACACUUGCAUAAUGGAACAAAUCACCAUCACCCGAUUCUCCCCCUCUGAACAUGGCAAAUAUGUCUCUGCCAUUAUCCAAAUGCACAUUGACUGCAUCGAAUCUGAUGGCGCCCUGCUGCGCUUCCACCCGCCAUUCACUCUCGAAAAGCGCCAGAAAAUGGAAUCCUUCUGGAAAGCUCGCAUUUCUCAAAUUUCCACCGGCCAUCGGAUCACCUUGAUUGCCUUGGUAUCUUCGGAUGGCAAGCAAGACUCUGAUAUUGCUGGCAUUGUGGAGCUGGGCAUGACGGAAGCAGAUACGGGGCCAUUCCGAGGCGAUUUGGAGAUGUUGAUGGUGUCGCCAAAGUAUCGCCGUAGGGGGCUGGCAAGCAAACUGAUUGAUGCGCUGGAAGAGAUUGCAAUAGAAGAGAAAAGGACAUUACUACUACUAUCUACAGACAUUGGCUCAACAGCCGAAAAACACUUGUAUCCUCGCCGAGGCUACGUUUUGGUGGGAAUAGUUCCCAACUAUGGCAUCUCACCGACCGAUGGCUCACUAAAAGAUGGGGCAUUCUUCUACAAGUAGCUUGUAGCGCCCUUGCCUGGAGUUUGAUAAGCGUGUAUAAUUACCUAGUAGCGAUUUAAAAUAAACAAAGCUAACUCUC